CUGGCACCGGAGCCCAUGUCCGCCACGGGACAUGACCAAGCUCCCUUGCCAGGGGCUAAAUCUGGGAGCUGGCUGGCCACUCGGCCCUGCCACUUGGCCUCCGGCGCCUGUCGGGAGGCCCCUUCCCUUCCUGACCUACAGGGACCCACAGCCAUGUCCCACCGGAAGUUCUCCGCCCCUCGGCACGGACACCUGGGCUUCCUGCCCCACAAGAGGAGCCACCGGCACCGGGGCAAGGUGAAGACUUGGCCCCGGGACGACCCCAGCCGGCCGGUGCACCUCACGGCUUUCCUGGGCUACAAGGCGGGCAUGACACACACCGUCCGGGAGGUGCACAGGCCCGGGCUCAAAAUUUCCAAGCGGGAGGAAGUGGAGGCAGUGACCAUCGUGGAGACGCCCCCUCUGGUGGUGGUAGGUGUGGUCGGCUACGUAGCUACCCCUCGAGGCCUUCGGAGCUUUAAGACCAUCUUUGCAGAGCACCUUAGUGACGAGUGCCGUCGCCGUUUCUACAAGGACUGGCACAAGAGCAAGAAGAAAGCCUUCACCAAAGCCUGCAAGAGGUGGCGGGACGCCGACGGCAAGAAGCAGCUGCAGAAGGACUUUGCCGCCAUGAAGAAGUACUGCAAGGUCAUCCGUGUCAUUGUCCACACUCAGAUGAAGCUGCUGCCUUUCCGGCAGAAGAAGGCCCACAUCAUGGAGAUCCAGCUGAAUGGCGGCACAGUGGCUGAGAAGGUGGCCUGGGCUCAGGCCCGGCUAGAGAAGCAGAUCCCGGUGCACAGUGUGUUCAGCCAAAGUGAGGUCAUUGACGUCAUUGCUGUCACCAAGGGCCGUGGUGUCAAAGGGGUUACGAGCCGUUGGCAUACCAAGAAACUGCCGCGGAAGACCCACAAGGGGCUGCGCAAGGUGGCCUGCAUCGGCGCCUGGCACCCUGCCCGCGUGGGUUGCUCCAUCGCUCGGGCUGGGCAGAAAGGCUACCACCACCGCACAGAGCUCAACAAGAAGAUCUACCGUAUUGGCCGGGGGCUGCACAAGGAGGAUGGGAAGGUGGUUAGGAACAAUGCGUCCACCAGCUACGACGUGACGGACAAGUCCAUCACACCACUGGGAGGCUUCCCGCACUACGGGGAGGUCAACAACGACUUCGUCAUGCUGAAGGGUUGCAUUGCCGGCACCAAGAAGCGGGUCAUCACACUGAGGAAGUCCCUGCUGGUGCACCACAGCCGCCGAGCCCUGGAGAACAUCGAACUCAAGUUCAUCGACACAACCUCCAAGUUUGGCCACGGCCGCUUCCAGACCGCCCAAGAGAAGAGGGUCUUCAUGGGUCCCCAGAAGAAGCAUCUCGAGAAGGAAAAGCCGGAGACCUCGAGGGACCUGUAGGCGGCUUGCGACGGAGGGAGCCUGAAGGCAGCGCGGCGCCACC